AUGUCUCGCAAGAUCGUUACCGUCGUCGGCGCCACUGGCCAGCAAGGGCAGGCUGUCAUUGCUGCGUUCGCCAAUAAUCCACAGUACCAGAUCCGCGGCCUCACGCGAAACCCUUCCAGUGCUGCCGCACAAGCCCUCUCUGGCAGAGGGAUCGAUGUAGUCAGAGCCGACAUAAACGAUAUCGAUGCCAUAACAGCCGCCUUCAAAGGCUCACGCAUCAUCUUUGCAGUCACAGAUUUUUGGGCGCUCUACCAGCAACAAGGAUACGAAAAAGCCAAGGAGCUUGAACGACAGCAGGGUAUCAACAUGGUCAAAGCUGCAGCGGCGGUCCCGACGCUGGAACACUACAUCUGGAGUACCUUGGGCAAAACAAAAGAGGAAUACCCGGUGUACCACUUCGAGGGCAAGUUCGAAGUGGAGCAGACAAUCCGCGCGGACUAUCCGGACCUACAUGCAAAGACCACAUUCUUACUCGUCUGUUUCUAUGCAAAUAACCUCCAGAUUGCCUCACUCAGGCCCUACUGGAUUGAGACCGCGGGGAAAUAUGUACAGUUCACCACCUAUGAUCCGGAGACAGUUAUACCUUUUAUUGGAGACGUGAUGAAUCUGACACCUUUUAUCGAGGCUAUCGUCAAAAGCCCGGCGGAGAAGGUCAGGAACGGCGCAAUGGUGAUUGCCAGCAUUGCACAAUGGACGGCAAGGAAGUGGGUUGAGGAGUGGGCGAGAGCGAGGGGGAAAAUGGUACAGCUUGUCCGCAUCCCUCGUGAUGACUACGAUGCGCUGUGGCCGUGGCCAAGAUGGGCCGAGGAGUUUGCACUCAUGAUGGAUUACUUUCAGUUUGUGCCUGUACAGGAAUGGGUCGAGCCCGGCGUGAGAGUUUUGACUGCAGAGGAUCUGGGAGUCAGGCCCGUGCAGACGAUGGAGGAGUGGGCUAGGGCUUAUGAGCUUCCCGAUCCUAGUUUGUCUACUAUCUGA